AACGUCCGAAACAGACUAUUUCAACUUAAUCGUGUAUUACACCAAAAGCCGAUGUAAAUAUGAAAUGGUACCCAUUACAUGAAGUUAGAUGGGAAAUCAUGUGGUAUGUAAAAAUAUUACUUAAUAUGUAAAACUUCAAGGGUUUUAUCAAUGACAAAAUUUUAUAGACGCUCUAUAUUAAAUUAUUACCUGCUAAAAAUUCUAUUCUAAAAUGUAUCGAUAUUUUCAAGGUUACGUGACGUUGCAGUGAAAGUAAUGUUGCUGACGCCCUCUACCAACCAUCAUUUGUUUCAGUGACUUUAAUUAAACGAAGAAUGUCGACAAUAUUAUAUGACGUGUAGUUUAGAAUUUUUAUGAUAUCAACAGCAAAAUGGAAUAUUUUAAAAGCAGCUUGAAGUCUGUGUUAGGUUCAUCAUCUGUAGAAAACGAGCCAUCGGGUGCUGAUACGGUUGAGCGACUGGUAGACAGGUUACAAUCAUCAACAUUGUUAAGUGACAGACGAGAUGCCUGUCGAGCACUUAAAGCUCUUUCACGCACUUAUCGUGUUGAAGUAGGAGCUCAAGGAAUGGAUGCAUUGAGACAAAUUUUAGAAAUGGAUAGAACCGACUGUGAAAUCAUUGGUUUAGCAUUGGAUACUCUGUGUAAUAUAAUAAAUCCUAAAGCAUUCGACGAAGAAGUCGACAAACAUGGGUCUAAUAAUAAAGUAGGAGAACAAUUCACAGAAAUAUUUAUUAAAAAUGCAGAUAGUGUGGGAUUAGUUUUAGGGCUUUUAGAAGAAUUUGAGUUUAAAGUAAGAUGGCCAGCAUUAAAGUUACUAAUGCAUUUAUCAACUAAUAGACUAAAACAUAUACAAGAAAUAAUUCUAGUUAGUCCUAUGGGUGUUUCGAAAUUAAUGGAUCUUCUUGGUGAUAGUAGAGAAGUUAUACGUAACGAUGUUUUAUUGCUUCUUAUUCAACUGACAAAAGGAAAUGCAAAUAUUCAAAAGAUUGUUGCAUUUGAAAAUGCAUUUGAUCGUAUUUUUGAUGUUAUUACACAAGAGGGCAAUGCAGAAGGUGGUAUUGUUGUAGAAGAUUGUUUAUUACUGAUGUUAAAUCUUCUUAGGGGUAAUAUAAGUAACCAAAAUUUUUUUAAGGAAGGCAGUUAUAUUCAAAAAUUAACACCAAUGUUCCAAAUACCAUCAGAAAAUGAUGACAAUCCUCUAAGUGCAUGGAGUCCACAGAAGGUAUCAAAUGUUCAUUGCAUGGUCCAAGUAAUUCGUGCUUUAGUAGCACCAAGUGGACCUGCUCAGGCAGUAUCAAAUUGUCAAAGAAUUAUGAGAGCUUGUGGUCUUCUACAAGCUUUAUGCAAUAUAUUGAUGGCUAGUGGCGUACCCGCUGAUGUGUUGACUGAGACAAUUAAUACUGUUGCGGAAGUUAUUAGGGGAAAUGCCAGUAACCAAGAAUUUUUAGCUGGAGUAAUGGCACCUAGCAAUCCUCCUAGACCCGCGAUCGUUGUCUUACUUAUGUCUAUGGUGAAUGAAAAGCAACCAUUUCCUUUAAGAUGUUCUGUUCUAUAUUGCUUUCAAUGUUUUUUAUAUAAGAACGAAAUUGGACAAAGUCAGCUUAUUCAGACUUUGUUGCCUCAAGGAAAUGAAAUGCCAUCAUUGACGACAGGACAGUUGUUGUGUGGAGGUUUAUUUUCCUCGGAUUCUUUAUCAAAUUGGUUUUCUGCCGUGGCAUUAUCUUAUGCACUGAUUGAUAAUGACAAACAGAAGAAGCAAAUGUUACGUGUAUUACUUGCAACAAAUAUUGGAAAGCCACCAGUGACCUUGAUGCAACAGUGUGUCAUGCUAUUGCAACAAGGCAAUAAAACACAAUGCAAAUUAGGUCUUCUAAUGUUACUUUGUAGAUGGAUUGCACAUUGUCUAACUGCUGUUAAAUCAUUUUUACUUAUCGAUUCAUCUGUAGCUUAUUUGACAGCUUUACUGUCAUCACAAGAAAAUAAUGAUGAUUUACAAGAAACAUUGCUACAAAGUAUGUGUGCUAUACUUAUUGGAUUAUGUGUACAUUUUAAUGAUGACAGUAUUUCUAAUUAUACGAAGGAAAAAUUAUGUAAUUUAAUUGAAAAUAGAAUAGGAUUAGAAAGAUUUCAAGAUGCUAUUGGUUGUCUUGCUAGACAUGAAGUGUAUUCCAGAACUUUAAAACAUCCUCAACCUUCAGCAAAGCAUCCUUCAGAUCUUUUAUUAGAUCAUGAAUUUUGUAGGCUAUCAAAAACAUUGGAGGGUGUGAUUAUAAAGUCAGUUCUAGAUGGAAGUAGCUUACAUCAUAAAAAUCAGAUUGCAACACCUAUGUUACCAGAUUCCGUUUUAGUAGCACAAUAUAAAGAAGUUAUUCGAGAACAGGAUUGUCAAAUACAGAAACUUAAUCAAUUUUCAGAAUCACUUGUUAAAGAAAAACACGAACUCGAAAUACAAAUACAUGAUCUUCAGUCAACUAUCAGUCAUUUGAAGGAUCAAAAUUUAGUAUUACGGGCAGCACAAACUAAUUUACUAUUUGAAGAAAGCGAAUCCAAUAAUAUUACUGCCAAUGAAGGUUGUACAAAAGAAGCAGAAAAAUAUAAAACUGUUAUUAUAGAAUUAGAAAAUCGUUUAGCAGAAUAUGCUUUAAUGGUGAAUAGUUAUGAAAUUGAUUUAAAGGAAAAAUCUGAAGAACUAGAGAAACUAAAAAAAGACCAAGAAGAUCUUUUAGAACUUUUAACAGAACAAGAUAGUAAAAUUAUACUUUAUAAAGAAAAAUUGAUUGCUUUAGGUGAAAAAAUUGAUACAGAUGAAAGUUCUAUUGAACUCGAUACUGAUGACCAACAAGAAACUAAUUGUGUCGAUCGCAUCGAUUGA